CUGUUAUGCGACAGUUGCGUAUUCUGUUUUGAUCCGUGUGCUUUUGGUUGCCUUUGGUGUGUAGUCGUUGUGAAACUCCUAAAAAAGCUUCCCAUAUAUAGUUCAACGGGUGCGAGGAAUAGUGUUUCCAGACUGUUUCUGCGGCAUUUCGUCGACAAAAAAAAGUGAGCCGUGACCUCUCGGAUCAAUCGGUCCGGAGAGUCGGUCGGGAUGGCGACGAUGGCUUCGUUUCAGACGAAGCUCGCGGAUCUGCAAGCACGCUUGCUCGCCGAAAAUGACGCAAAAAACAAGGACAAGUUACCCAGGAAUUUAAACCUCAACUUUUCGAGCCCUCAGCACACACCGCGCUCGAGGCCGAAGCCAUUCCUGCCUAUGGAAAUGACGGGGUCGACCAGACCUACCAGACAGUUCUCCCUGCCAACCUCCAGCCCGAGUAUGAUGAGGCAAGACAGUAACAGUGGAGCAGACGGGGAACGCAAGCUGCAGGAGAUCCAGAAGGCAGGCAACUUACUUACAAUCGAGGGUCACAAGUACCUGGUGCAGAUGAAGGACCUGGAGCACUUGGGGGACCUGGGCUCUGGUACCUGCGGGCACGUGGUCAAGAUGCGGCACAGGGCCACGGGAAAAGUGCUGGCAGUGAAGCAGAUGCGCCGCUCUGGGAACCGGGAGGAGAAUAAGCGCAUUACGAUGGACCUCGAGGUGGUCCUUCGGUGCCAGGACUGCCCACACAUAGUCCAGUGCCUGGGCUACCUGAUGACUGAAGGCGAGGUGUGGAUAUGCAUGGAAUUGAUGGCCACCUGCUUGGACAAGCUCCUGAGGAGGCUGCGGCCGUGCGCCCUCCCCGAACGCAUCCUGGGCAAGACCGCCGUCGGAGUACUUAAGGCCCUUCACUACCUGAAAGAGCGGCACGGCCUCAUCCACCGAGACGUCAAGCCCUCCAACGUGUUGCUGGAUCGUGACGGCACCGUUCGCCUCUGCGACUUCGGCAUCAGCGGACGCCUCGUCGACUCCAAGGCGCGGACGAGGUCGGCCGGCUGCGCUGCUUAUAUGGCGCCGGAACGAAUCGAUCCCCCGGAUCCCACAAAGCCGGACUAUGACAUAAGAGCGGAUGUUUGGAGCUUGGGCAUCUCUAUGGUGGAGUUGGCGACGGGCCAGUUUCCCUACAAGGACUGCAAGACAGACUUCGAAGUUCUGAGUCGGGUGCUCCAGGACGAACCUCCGUCCCUACCAGAGGAUCGGUCCUUCUCCCCGGAGUUUUGUUCUUUCGUUAAAGAAUGCCUCACAAAGGAUUACAGAGAGAGGCCAAAGUACAGGAAGCUACUGGAACAUCCGUUCAUCCGUCGGUACGAGGUAGAAGAAGUAGACGUCGGAGAGUGGCUUGCUGGUGUCAUGGCUGCAGACGCCUGCGUGUGACCACUGACGUACAGGACAGUUUGUGGGUGCUCGGACGGCUGUGCCCCUUUGUGUGGAGAAUUUCCUGCUCCGGGUGUUGCCCGGUCUGGUAUUGCGUGCAACUGGUUUUUUCGUUGUGGGCCACGAGGCCUUUGAAACCUGGGAUGUCUGUAACCGUGGAAACGGGCAACCAACACUCUGCCGCUGUUCCACGCCUGGAUGCCAGCAUGCUGCAACAUUUUUAACAGUACCCUUUUUCAUCUAAGAGCGCGGGUGUCAUUCUCCACGUUUUAAAACAGUACAGAGUGGCACGCUGAAUUUUAUUGGGUUGUCGAGAUCGCAUCCGACGAUAUGUGCUGUAUAUGUCUAUCCCAUUGAAACUUUUGUGAGUGCAGUGAAGCUUACCGGACGGCAAUAUCAGGGUAUGGGGAGAAAAAAGUCAUCUCUUGUUCCAGAAAUGGCAUUGCUUAUCAAUUAGACGUAGGGAACCAUGGAAAGGUGAAAAUUUUCUCACGAAACCACGAAUGGUGGAGUCUUGCGUUAAACAUCUUAACACAGACAGUUUUUCUUGCCAUGCCCUGUAGCCACACUUGCGCAGAACAAAUAUCGAUGAAUCUUCCACAGAACCCCCUUGUGUGCAAGUCACUUCGUGGGUCUGCUGCCACUAUGUGGCUUUUCAAUUUUCUCCCUCAACACUCCGGCUGAUCCGAGAGUAGCAUUUCCUUCGGUGGAAGUGGGCUCUUCCGCAACACACAAAUCUUCUCAAUAAUCGUGGAUGUUAAUCGGGCAUCCACAGUGAAUCCUGACUUAUAAAAAGUGGAGACAUCGAUACCAAGCCAUAAUGGUCCCGCUUUGAUCGGAGCAAUCUUGCCCUGGAAGUACGUUGUCCGUCGCAUUACGCGCGUUACAUAUUUAUUUUGGGCACACGGAAUCGGGGGUGACCGCGGCGCAGACAGAUUUGUGGAAGCAUGUGGAUAAUUUUACUCGUCCUACACAAGACAAUGCUGCUAGUCAAGUCGUUUGGCGAGAGAAAAAAAAAAUCAAAGUAUGUAAUAAAGUGGGAAAAGCA